GAAGACCAUGGUUUCCAGCGUUGCGUGGCCGCUUGCAAGCCUGCAAACGAAGUGUGCAGCGAGUCUACGGGCGAGAAAUAUCCCAGCAGCUGCCAUGCGCGAUGCAGCGGAGCCACCAGCAUUAUUGCCUGCGGUGGCGUGGCCACAGAUGGGGACAGGAAUGGGGCCUCAGCAACGGCCAUCGGCGCGGUGGUCUCGAUGCUGUCCACGUUGUUUGCAUUUUUCACCUUGGUUUGA